CGUUUAUGUUAGAUACUGCAUCAACAUUGGAACUACAUUAAGUAUACAUUUAGUAAAACCUAAGUUGACAGUACAGUGCUGAAUUUAAAUUCGUUUUACACUAUAUUGUUUACAAACAAUAGUAAUGCGGAAGAAAGCCAAACACUGCGUAAUUUCAAUUUUCUAGAAAAUCGACCCCCUCAGUUUAUCAUUCCAAGUGCAGUAUACGCUAUCUUGAACAAUGACUUCAAAAUUCAGAUUAUGGCAGUAGACCCUGAAAAUCAAGACAUGACAUUUACCUUGCUAUCAAAUGGAACUUUGAUUACAGCACGAAUCUCGAAACAAUUGCUUACAAUAACGAAUCUUAAAGAAAAUGGAACUGUUUAUGUACAAGUUCAAGAUGAGAUGGAUGGAAAGAAUAUUUUAAUUCUUCAAGUGAAUGCCUUCGAAUGUCCAUGUGUGCACAAUGGUAAAUGUUAUCAAAGCAAGUCCAUUGCAUAUCCUGUUCACCCAACAGAUUAUUUCUGUCAAUGUGAAGAUCCCUACACAGGUGACCGAUGUGAAAUACGUUCAAAUCCUUGUGAUGAACUGCCGUGUUAUCCAGGUCUCGAGUGUUCCACUGCUCAGAAUUCUGAAGGAUUUACAUGUGAAAAAUGUCCAACGUUGUUUCAAGGAGAUGGAAAACAGUGUGAACUAAAACCAACUGAAGGUUUAGUGGAAAUCAAAUUAAAUAAUAUUCGCCGUUUUUAAUCCACUCUAUCUAUACGUUUUAUCAUUCUGCUUUGACCAUAUAAACCCACCUCUCAGAUAAAACGCUGAAUACUUAGAGUAAUAAUAAAAUGUUUUGCUAAUAUAGAGAAAAGUUCAGUGGCAUCUGAAAUGACGUUGACAGAUCAAAAAUGGGAUGAUCAACUGAAAACAAAAACAUCGGAUGUGUACAAAAAUCUCGUAUCUCUAUUGACAAUUGAGGUAGGUAUGGUGCAAAAUUAAGACUUCAAAAUAUUGCUAAAGAUAUUAAGCAAACCUGUUUCAUCAUAUUAAUUUCAAGUUUGAGAGGCUUUACCCUUACGAAAAUGUCUUUUCACAUGUGAAGUGUUCCAAUUCCGCAUGUGAAAUACUUAAUUUCACAUUUGACAUUCAUUUUCACAUAUACAGCUAUUUCAAUUAAGGUUGUCCACGAGCAAAGCGGAAAAGUCGAAUACCAGCACGAAAGGCUGCUGGGAAUCGCUUUGAAAAUUCAUUAAUUUGUUAGCGAUUCCCAGCAGCCUUUCGCGCUCGUACUCGACUUUUCCGCUUUGCUCGUGGACAACCUUAAUUGAAAUAGCUGUAUACUUUUAGUUUCAUAAAUUAGUGAAACUCAAGUUUCAUAUAUGUAAAUCAACCCCAUAUAUGAAAAUCAAGAAUUUUCACUAAUUUUUCAGUUCGAGAUGUGUUUCACAAAAAUAUAUUUGUCUAUCAUACACAUAGUUACAUUAACCAAAAUUGUGGGAAAUAGCUGGAAUGCAGUUUCCGGGCCUGUAACUUUAAAUAGGAAGGUUCGUUACUUCGUCUCACUCCCCCCCCCCCCAAUAUGCCAAAUCAUAUGUAAAGGGUCCCUACCCGCCUUAAAUAUUUUAUCUUCCCAAGAAUAUUUAUUAUAUUUGUAGAUAAGAAAUGUUUACAAGAACCGUGCUGCGUUUAGCUAUGUUAUCAUCAAAGGAUUCAGGUAAAUGUUUUGAAAGUAGUUCGCGGUGAUCGAGAGGUUGACUCAAUCGCAACAUAUAAAUAAUUAAAACAUAAUGCUUUGAAAAGGGAUGACGGUAGCCAAGGGAAUCCUCGCUUUGCUGGCUGGUGAAUGAUGAUCCCUAGAAUAUAUUUAAACUAGGAGACAUGAUAAAGAAAUUGAGCGGAGUACACUAACAGUCUGUCGUAAAUAAAAUGAUAAUGGAUUCAUAAACUACGUUAGCGGGCAAGAGUGUAUCUAAUUUUGUGUUGUGUACUUUCACAGGCGCGGCAGUAUAAUUGUGGAGUUUGACCUGAUAUUUACUACGAAGAAAGUUGAAGAUCCCCUUAAACCACUGAUGGAAGUGGUGGAGACUGGCAAACUCGGCAAUAUGACAGUUAAAAUGAAGACUAUACCAGGUAGUAUAAGAAAUAGAAAUACCAAACAAAAUUCGCGUAUAUCUAUUUAAAAUAGGUGACAUGCAUAUAUGAUACAUCCGAUAUAUAAUAAUUAUCUUUCUUGUCCCAUGAAAACGUAUUAAGUACGCUAUGGUCAAUGCUAGUCACGACAUAUUCACGUUUUCGGAGACAAAGUCUUUAAACAUAUUGUUAAAUCCCAUAAACGUUUCGAAACUGCCCGCCUGCUUGACAAAAAAGCCUGUGAUAGAGUAAAAAAUCUUACCUGCUAGAAAUAUAGAUUGAAUUUGACCUAACUUUUAUUACGGCUGAUGUAGAUGAGACAAAAGAUGACUCGAGCGAAGACAAAAUUCUUGGUCUGGACAAAACAAUCUUUUUUGUGAUUGUCGGCGCCGCUGUUGUGUUUAUCUUGAUGAUCAGUGUCGCAAUCUACCUUCGCAUUAAACGACACCGAACCCACAGGGAGGCUAACCUCAGGACGAGAAUACUUAACACAAGCGACAAAAAGGCACAAGGAAUUGCGUUCCGGCCAGCUGGUCAAGGUAGUGACGAAGAGAUGGACCUGGAAGUGCUUGAUAAUGAGCCUCUUCAUCUUGAUGAGGAAAUCAAAAUACAGCCUUGAGUCCAGCUUGUGUCCACGAUAUUCCAAGUUCGUUUUCUUUUCGCUGUAAGAAAGUUUGUCAUUUAAACUUUGCAUGAUUUUCAGCUUUAAAUUAAUAAACUGUAAAUCUAGAUGUUGUAAGAACAGGGCUCGCAAAAUCUUUGCGAAAGGGAUCAAUUAUAGACCUGCAUUGAUCUUUGGUUGCCUAAAACCGUUUUUAUUUAUUAAAAGGUCCCCUACCAAUUUUGAUAAAAUGUCAAUUACUCUAAAAAGAAUCGACGUUACGGUUAGUAUAACAUAAAACUAAAUACAAUAUAUGACUUUAUGUGUGACAACUCUUUUGGAAGAAGACAAGUUAUUUCAUGCCUUAACAAAUUAUUAUCAUUAUCUGGAAAUGUAUUUGUUAAUUCGUUCUCAUUCUCCAUUCUACUUUUCGAAUGAUUGACGAAAUAACAAAAUCUUAUAGAACUAUUCAGUUAUUUAUUCUUAUCAAAUCGUAACGCAUGUUAUUCCUAUCGGCAUGUAAAUUAUGAAAGAGCUUCUUUUCCGCAUUCUAUUUAGUACAGAAAAUACUAGAAAAUGGAUACCAUGUCUAAUAUAUUCACGUGUAUUAAUCCUCUAUAUUAAUAUGUAUAAGUAAUAAAAAAAGUUUUGGUUACGCCGACAAGAAUUGCAAUUUUGCAAGCUCUUUGCAAUUACGAUUUGGGUGUUGUUUUCGUGUUUAAUUUAAAUAAAGUAAACGAAGUAUAGUAUGUAAGAAUAAAAAAAUACAACCAGUAUAUAGCAUCGUAAUUAUUAUCUAUUGAAGUAUAGGAGCUUAAAAGUAGUUUGUGGUCGGAUUUAAGAAAUCUAUACCUAACAGUGAUUUGACGGUGGACUGUAAAUUAUUAUUUCAUCCUAGAAGAAUCACUAUAAUCGUGUAAUUUGUAUCAUAGCGAGUGUAUUUUUUAUGUAACACCUGUUAACACAUUGAUGAAAUACAAUAAAAGCAGGC